CAAGGGCUCAGAGAAGAACUGGAGAAGGCUUGGAAGGUGAAGGCCACAGUGGUGCCUGUGGUGAUUGGAGCACUGGGGGCUGUGACCCCCAAACUGGAGGAGUGGCUACAACAGAUCCCUGGAAAUACAUCCGAAAUCUCAGUCCAGAAAAGUGCAGUCCUAGGAACAGCAAGGAUACUGCGCAGAACCCUCAAGCUCCCUGGCCUCUGGUAGAGGACCCGAGCUUGGAAAGUGGAUGAGACCACUCGCGGAGGAGUGUGAGACCAUGACUCCUGUAAAGACGUGUUUCCUGCUGCUCCUCAGCGUCCUGUUCAUCGCUCCCACAGUAUCUGAAGUGGUGAUGUCCAUGUCAGACUGUAAAGGGUUUCUGCUUAACAACAAACCUCCUCAGGUUCCAGACGUCGUGGAGGAUGAUAAAAUACAGGACAACAACCGAUACAAAGUCAUCUGCCAGACUUACAAGGAUGAGAGGAGGUUUGUGACGCUUUAUGACACCAAGAACAAGAUCCCAGUGUUUUCUGCUUACAAGUUCACAAAACCAGACACGGGAAGACCGGACGAUCUCUGGAAGAUGGAGCCACAGAUUCAAAGUCACCACAGUCCCACUGACUGACGGCUUUAACUUUUACAGCUUGAAGACAUGGGCACAGACAAAAACAUGGAAGAUAAUGAUAUUAAUGUUGAGUACAAUAACCAGGCUGGUGACAAAGAUUAUAAAGAAGGUACUGCAUACGACAAGGGCCAUUUACUUCCAUCUUCUUAUGCAAAAAGUCAAGAUGACAAAACCUCAACAUCAACUCUGACAAACGCUGUUCCACAAGUUCGAUCUUUCAACAGAGGCAGCUGGGCCAGAAUGGAGAAAUGUGUCAAAUGUGUCAUGGAAAAAUUCUGUGUUAACAGUAAUAAAGUUAUUGAAGGCUACGUAAUUACUGGAGCAAAGCCCGGCAACAGUGAACCAGUGAACAGGAGGGUUAACGUACCUUCACUGCUCUGGUCGGCGUUCUGCUGUUACAGUAACAACAAGUGGAUAGCGAGCGCGUACUGGGGAGAAAAUGUUAAAGAUGGAGCUGAUGAUACAAUUCUACCCACAAACACAUUAACACAACUCUACGAUCAGCUGAAGGAUGGAGACAAACGUUUUGAAGCAUUUCCAGGAUCAAGUUGUCCACUGGUUGAAACUGUUGAUGAUCUUUACUCUCAAGUGAAAAACGACUGUUAUUGUGUUAAAAAAACAAAAAGUUGAUUAUUUCUACAGCAACAACCCAUCAUCUAUGCUGCGCCAGGCUAAACUGAAGCCUGCAACAGCAGAUUUCUCAAUAAAACCUGUGAAGACAACUAACUGUCUGCUUCUGUGA